AUGGCAGCGGGAAUAUGGGCAAUGUUAGCCAACUGGUGGGCAUCCUACAAGCAAGCUUUUGACCUGGUUUCUAGAGAAUUUGCGGAUGACCACCCACACGCGGCGGUCAUCGGGACUGAUCUCUCGCCAAUCCAACCACUGUCAGUUCCGCCAAAUUUGUCCUUUGAAAUCGACGAUUGCUGCGACGAGUGGUUGUAUACCCCAGAAAGCUUUGAUUUUGUGCAUGUUCGUGGCCUCUACGGUUGCGUGGCUGACUGGGACGAGUUUUACAACCAGGCUUUCAAGUGCGUUAAACUGCGCCCCCCCCGGGCGCUCCAAAAACAUGUAUCUAUUCAAACCACUUAUUUUCUUUUCCCUAGGCAUCUGAAACGGGGCGGCUACAUCGAGCAACUCGAACAAAGCGUGGCCCCCAAAUCAGACGACCACUCCACCGACGGCACAAUCAUGGACGAAUGGGGCCGCGUCUCGCUCGCCGUGGGCGACAAGUUUGGCAAAACCCUCCGAAUCGUGGACGAGGCAAAAGCCAAAAUGGUUGCUGCCGGAUUUGAAGAUGUGACUGAGCAUCGAUUCAAGUGUCCGAUUGGCGAUUGGCCUGUGGAUGCGAGGCUAAAGGAACUGGGGAAGGUUGCGAGGUUGUAUUGGGAAGAAGGGGUUGAGGAUUGGUCGACCAUGUUACUGACGAGGGUGAUGAAUUUUGUCCCAUACAUUUUGUGGCCAGGUGGUACUGACAUGUUUCAAGCACCGUCGUUUAUGGGCGGAAACCCUGGAGAGAUUGAACUGGCGUUUGCGUCUUCACUAUGGAGUAACCACCGAGGAACAAGUCAAGAGGUUGGUGUCAUCUUCGAGAUAUGA